AUGGGGGAGAAGUUGACCGUGAGCACCAAGCGGUGCGCACAACUUCUUCGAUCCAGUAACGCUCAAGCAGGCGCUAAGCAAGGCCCUGUGCCCUUCUACCCCAUGGCCGGUCGCUUCAAACACAACGACCAGAACGGCCGUGUGGAGAUUGAUUGCAAUGCAGAGGGAGUGCUCUUUGUCGUAGCGCAGAGCGGCUUUGUCGUUGAUGAUUUUGGCGAUUUUGUGCCCACUGCCAAUUUCCUUAAACUCAUCCCCGCAGUUGAUUACUCCGGUGGGAUAUCCUCGUAUCCAAUUUUGGUGUUACGGGUGACGUACUUCAAAUGUGGAGGCGUGUCACUUGGUGUUGGCAUGGAUCACCGCAUCGCAGAUGGACCUGCUGCUUUCCAUUUUUUAAAUACGUGGUCUGAUAUUGCUCGUGGUGAUUUCACAAAUUUUAAACCACCCUUCAUGGACAGGACAUUACUUCGUGCCCGAGACCCACCUCGGCCUGCAUUCCCCCACAUUGAAUUCCAGUCCCCUCCACAAAUGAAAUUACAACGCAUUACAAGUAAUAUUACUACGUCCCUUUUCAGAAUCACGUAUGAGCAGCUCGGCAUCUUGAAAGCCAAAUCUAAAGAAGAUGGCGGAGGGAACUAUACCUCAUUUGAGAUGUUGGCAGGUCAUAUUUGGAGAUGUGUUUGCAUGGCACGUAAACUUCCUGAUGAUCAAGAAGCCAAACUACUCGUUCCCACUGAUGGACGGUCCAGAUUGCAGCCUCCACUCCCACUUGGUUUCUUUGGCAAUGUCACUUUCAGAACCUCAGAAAUUGCUGCAGCAGGGAAUCUCCAGUCGAAACCAACCUGGUAUGCUGCAAGUUGCGUUCACAAUGCUUUGAUGCAGAUGCACAACGACUAUCUUUUAUCAGUCAUUGACUAUAUUGAGCUUCAUGCUCCUUCUCAAGCCGAAACUGUUAACGGAAUUUCGUUGAUUGGGCGCCCGUUUCUUCGGAUAAACAGUUGGAUUAGGCUGCCAAUUCAUGAUGCUGAUUUUGGUUGGGGUCGACCCAUUUUCAUAGGGCCUGGUCGCCCAUUUACAUUUGACGGGAAGGCUUUGUUGUUACCAAGCGCAACUAACGAUGGGAGUUUAUCACUCGUCAUUUCUCUGCAAUCUGAGCACAUGAAAUCAUUUUCCAAGUUGUAUGACAUACAAGGCCCCAAUCUUAAGCGCAUUGCCAAAGAAACCACCAGGUGGGAGCCGCGCCUCCGCCAACCGCAACACAUGCGGAAGCUGAGAUUUGCUCAACAAUUGGAGGGAAGCGUCAAACUUGUUGAAGGAGAUGCCUUUAAUCUGAUCUCCAGUCUAUUCUUGGUGCAAACGAAAAUUGGGGCCCCCGAAUAUCAUUUAAGAUCUUUUUUUCUGUCUGAGUUUGAGCUGGCUAGAUGGUGCCAUGGGAUGAAAGAGCUGAAGAAGGAGUUGUCAUUGCCAUGA